UGCUCCUGUGGUCUUAAAACAAGACCAUAACACGGUUGAAGAUUUUUGCAAUAGUAUUCAUAAAGGGAUAGUUAAACAGUUCAAAUAUUCCGCAAAACAUCAACCCCAAAAGGUCGGGUUGAAUCAUCAGCUUCAAGAUGAAGAU